UCAUGUUUACCGGAAUUCCUCCGAUGAAAAAUACUUUGUAUUUUGCAUGGACAUUGAACUUACCCAGCCCGACAAUAAUACAAAAUGACUACCUAGCAAAAUACAAAUAGUUCGUGUGACGUACCAUAGUAGUGUUUGUAUUCUCAUUUAUUAAAACUGUUAUAUGCUGCAGUCAAGUGUCAACCAACUGCCAAACUCCAAAAUAAGUUUCAAAACAAAUAACAAGUACACAAUUAACUAUUUUUAAUUCACACCAUGGCUAAUUACUUAUCAAUAUCGGAUAUUUUGGUAACUAAUGAAAAAGUACCAUGCAAAUUCUUACACGACUUACCAAAAAUGGGUUUCUUGGAUCCUUCAGCAGCAGAUGAUGAUCUUAAAGCUGGCACAAAUGUCGAAAUACCACUGUGGCUUGCUGAAUCCUUGUAUACUCGUAGACCACCUUUAGUGGGGGUGGAUUUACCAAAAAUUUAUAAAGAAACCUAUAGAGAGAUACUAAACGCUGACGCCUGUACUGUUGAUAUGCAUAAAUUGGGCCAACAUUUUUACGAACUCGGAUGUUAUAUAGCAAAGCAUGAUAUUAAAGGGGAGGUUGCCACAACCCUUGUCAAUACAUUUCGACAAAGAUUUCGCAUGAUUCUGUCUGCAAGUGUUUCAACAGACUCCAUUAGUUCAUUUCAACCUUUAUCAGCCAGUGAAAGGGAUCGAACAGCUGCAGCUGUAAUCACUGAGGCAGCUUUAUCAGGUUGGCUCAAGAGAGGCGAUUGUCCAAUAACAACAGCAAAUAUGGUUGCUAACCAUAGAAAACGGAAGAGAGCUGAAAUGGAAAUGCUUUAAAUGUAAAUCAAUGUGUUGAAAUUAAAAUUAUAUGGUUAAUAUAAGGUUCUAGAGUAAUAAUAAUCUACACUGAGCUUCAAUCGAAUUUAGUAAAAAUCCUAAACCUUCUAAAUGUCUUGUGAACUGAUACUACAUAAAGGAAAGGCAACAUAAACUAAUCAAUACAAUAUAAAAUAUUCAUAAUAAAUAAUAAGAAGUAAGUAUAAGUGGUGUAAUUGGAGAUGUUAUUUCAAUUUGUCUGAGGAUUAUUUACUUAGGAAAAAUGAAUAAGAAUAGUUUUAUUUCCUUUACAUAUUUGCCAAAAUGUUGUUUAAAAUAAACAAAAUUUUGGCAAUUUGAUUCCAAUUACCUUACUAAGCAAACAUUCCGAUUCCACCACAACAAACAUGGUAAAUAAAUGACUACAAUAGCAGAAAUAGUAAAUAAUGCCUAUGCUAUAAUAUGCAAAGUGAUGUUGUUUAUCAUGUAAUUGCAGUUGUUUAUUUUAUAAUUAAAUGCAUUAAAAACAAGAGAUAUUUAUUAAAACAU